AUGUCUCUCAACAUUUCCUCCUUCAACAAUGCUAGUACCACGAGCAUCUGGUCGGCAAUGGAGCACUUAAACUACAAUGACAAUGAAUUCUUUGAGCAGGGUGUCGCGGCCUUGACGACAGCCUUGCAAUCCCGUUUGAGCAGCCUUUUAUUCCUCAUCGUGAGCCUGAUAUGGACUCAAAUCCAGCACAAGAUUAUUUUAGUUCUGACAGAAUUAAAGGAGCAAAUCAUAUACCUUUGGACCCAGAGAAAUCGUAGCCGAGGCGCUCAAUCUAAGAGCCGAGAUGGAGAUACGGCCCAGUACGAAAUUAAAACUUGGAGGGAUAUACCUUUCCUCGCAGUCUUGUUUGUUUGGCUCAUGCAUAUGGCCAUGUAUCCUGUCUAUGCCGAGUCCGAUCAAACUCAAUCAUCUAGAUUGAGGGAUGCUGGGGAACUACUCAUCAGUUCGAUUCCGCUUCUUCUGCCCCGUUCGUUCUACUCAGGCUGGCCUAUUCUAUCCAAGUUCUUCAUCAUGCUCUGGGGCAAGCUCUGGGUUUCAGAUGUCAACAUGGCCAUCGUGUUCAUAGGUAUGUAUUCCAUACUCUCCAUCUCCCCGUGA